AUGGAAGAGGAACAUCUGCAUGAUGAUCUGCAGGCUUUUAAAGACAGAAACUUCUUCAGGCUGAAGCUGAGGCCCUUUGUCACCAUCUACUUGCUGCUGGCCCUCUCCUUCCUGCUCACCUUCACCCUCUUUGCCGUGUCGCUCUCCAGAGUUUCAGCCAUUUCUUCCAAGCUCCAGGAGGUGCCCCCGGAGCAGAGACGCAACGUUUCGGGCAGGGAUUUCCUCUUGUUUCCCUGCGGACCCGGAUCCAGGGAAUGGGAAUACUUUGAUGGAAAAUGUUACUACUUCUCCCUCACCAGAACGAGCUGGCACAAGGCGAAGGCUCAGUGCGAGGAGAUGCACUCGCAGCUCGCUGUCAUUAACAGCUAUGCCAAGCAGAAUUUUGUCAUGUUCAGGACAAGGAAUGAGCGUUUCUGGAUUGGGCUCACGGAUGAGGACUCAGAAGGGGAAUGGGAAUGGGUGGACGGGACCGACUACAGAACCACGUUCACAUUUUGGAUGGAGGGAGAGCCCAAUAACAGCGGCAACAAUGAGGACUGUGCCCAUGUCUGGGUGUCGGGGAAGUGGAACGAUGUCUACUGCACCUACGAGUGCUACUACAUCUGCGAGAAGCCUGUGCCCAAGUGA